CGGAUCCUCGCAAUUCUGCAUGUGCGGAUCCCAGCCCUGAAUUUAAUCUUGGUUGCGGCACUGUGCGACAAAGUCCCCCUCGUCUGGGUCUCGCUCUCUGCUCGCGCUCUGGGAUCCUCCCUGCUCGCUUGGCUUUGCUGGUUUUGCCCUGAAAACCGCUGCGUCGGCCCCGCCAGGAACCCUCCUCCACCCCAGUGUGUAUUCAAAUCUGGCCAGUGCCUUUGACCAGACCGCUCCGCUUACCAUUGAACGGCUGCUGUGCACCACUCGAUUGGGUCCGAAUCAUUAACCACGACCCUAGCCGCAUGCUUUCUCUCGCGCGCGCCAGCGCCAGACCCUCACUCAGCCAGACAAACGCCUCAGCCAGCUAUUAGGUACCUUGAAACAUCCAACCUCGAGAUACCAGCUGCCCACCCUCCCAGCCGCUGCUUCUGCGUCGUCCGCCAAAGUCGUCUUACUAGACUUCAGUCUCCCCACCACGCAACGUGCCUGCCAGCCACAACCCAGCCUAGCCCAGUCCGGCCCAGCCCAGCUGCAACCACAACUGCAACCGCAACUGCGCUGCACCGUGGCUGCACCGCGCUGCCCUGCGCUGAACUGCACCACCACCUGAUCGACCCGACCCGACUCGCCGUCCUCCGUCCUCGUCCCAUCCCCUCCGUCAGUCUCUUCCUGGCGUAUCCCACUUUGGCCUCCUCUUCGGGAGCACCGAACUCGGGUCAAUGACGCAUUGGUCUUGCUUGCGCCGUCCCGCCCGCCGCUGCCACUCCGUCCUUCCACUCUCCCGCAGGGUCCAAGUUCGCAAACACGCGUGCACCCACGAAACGUUUGACCCUGUUCGAUAGGCCGAGGCACCGCAGCUAGAUCGGCUGAGUGUCCAGGAAGCAUCACCAGCGGCGUGGCCGCCUUGACCUUUCUCAACCCCUGACCUAAACCGCUGCCCCUGAUCUCUCCUUCGCCUCGUCCGCCGGUCCUCGUCCGCCAACCCACCUGGGCCUCGCCCAAUCGCAGACAUGGAGAUACCGUCGAGGCACAGGAGCCCGCCGGGCGGCCUACCAUCCAUGCCUUCUAUAUUCAUCGGCGGGAGCUCGCCUCCGCGCGGGAGAGGAGGUUUUGGCGUACCAUCAAGCAGACCCGGCUUUUCCAACUUCUCCCCGCCGCUGUCCACCUCAAUACCAAUGUCGAUACCAAACAGCCGAAACUUUGACGAGCCGCCGCCGCCCCUUCCACCACCGCGCUUCGUGCCCAUCGACGGCCCGACAGGAGACCAUCCACAAUAUCCCGAGCCAUAUACCCGCCACAACCCGUCCAUGUCGGCUGGCUCCGGCUAUGGCAGCAUGGCCGAGAGCGUGAAGAGGGAGCCGGGCCGCUGGCCACCGAUAAAGGCAGAGCGGGACGAGGGAUACGGCAGCUUCUCGUCAAUGGCCUCUUCAAGUCGGUCACAAAACUCGAUACCCUCUCGGUUCGGCCCACAAGCAGAUAGAUUGCCCUGGAAGCCGUCUGUCGAUGCCUACGACAACGCGCAACUCAGCAAGCUCAAUUCUCACCGCAGCCUAAACAAUCGCUCGCCCACACAACGGCCCAACUUCGGCUCGUCCCUUGGCGACAGCCUGCGACACUCGACGACUCCUGCCCCGGAACGCCUACAAAUGCUCAAACCACUGUCGCUCCCGACCAGGACGAAGCAGCAGCCCAUGCUGGAGUCGCCCAGCAGGUUCACUGAAACGCCAUUGACCUCGGCUGCGUCGCCUCGAAGCACGCCGUUCACGCCCUUGGACCACAGGUCUCCAAUGGAUGGGGGCAUGGACUUUGAGCGAUCGCCUGUGCCGCGGGUCAGGAGGACCGACAGCAUGUCGGUGCCAGACGACUCGACGGUGUCGACCCAAGGCAGCUACGAAAUGAUCGCCGAGGACACAGACUUCCCAAUGGAGGAGACGACACGUUUAAGGGGCUUCCACAUUGACGCGGCAGAUCACCAAGGCGUGCGGCCGAAGCGCAAAGCAUCUUCACCGCCCGGCGGGGAUGAACCGUACAGCAUACCGUCGUCCAACGACAUGCUGAGGAGGCGCGAGGGCGGGGCGUCGCGAGGGUCCCCGACGCCGCGGCUCAGCAUGCUGCCACAUGGGUCAUCAAUGUCGUCUGUUGGCGGGCGAAGUGGCUCCAUGGUUUCGAACCUGUCGCUACAAGUUAGCAGCUUGUCGAGCCAAGGCAUGUUCAACGGCGCCGGGCGGCUGUCCCCUGGCGGCAUGAGUGCUGGGGGGCUGUCACCAACGGAUCAGUCGUCGUGCGGGUCGCCGUUUGGGACACCCAUGUCGCUGACUGCAUCGCCUCGCUCUUCGAUAUCACGGACUACGCCGCACAACCGGACGCUUAGCGACCAAAACCGGCAGCCCCUGGCGUCGCCGCGCAAGCUGAGCGAGGUUGUAGCCAAGCCCAGCACGGCCGUGUCCAAAAUAAAGGGCUUUUACAUGUGUGAAUGCUGUCCCAAGAAGCCCAAAAAGUUCGAGACCAAGGAGGAUUUGAGCGCCCACGAGCUCGAGAAGCAAUACGAAUGCUCCUUCUGCGGCAACCGGUUCAAGAACAAGAACGAGGCGGAGCGACACCAGAACAGCCUGCACGUGCGGAGGCACAGCUGGUCGUGCAGCGCGCUUUCGGGCUGGGACCGAACAUUUCACGAGAGCACGACACAGCCCGGGCAGGCCGACGUGUGCGGAUACUGCGGCAAGGAGUUUGCGCGCAGCGGACCACCAGGGUCGGCAUCCGGAGCCCAGGGCGCGGCGGCAGGGAACGCCUGGGUGGCGACCGAGCAGGACUGGGAGGAGCGGCACCGGCACCUGACGGACGCACACAAGUACAGGGAGUGCAACGCGAGCAAGAAGUUUUACCGGGCGGACCACUUCCGGCAGCACCUCAAGCACAGCCACGCGGGCACCAGUGGCAAGUGGACCAACAUGCUUGAGAACGCGUGCAUGAUCGAGGAGGAGCCGCCGGUGCCGAUGGUGCGUUGAAGGGGGAAAAUGACAUUGGGAGCACACUUGGCGAACAGCAUCUUACGACUGAUGGAGGGCAUACAUUUGCUUUUUUUUUUUUUUUUGGUGGGGCGAUUGGCGACGCAAGCAAGCGAGCAUGCUCUCUUUCUAUCUGCAGCAUUUGCAUAAGCCUAGCUUACAUGGUGUUUGUGGGACGAGGGUCGGUCGAGGCACACAGGCGCUCAGUCGUCGCGUGGUGCUGGGCCUUUUUUGAUGGUGGAUGUGUCAAUAUGGG